UCCUUCCCUCGCUUGCGGGCCGCCCGAAGAGGCCCAGGCCGGCCUCCGCCGAUUCCGCCAUGCUGGUGCCGGUCUUCAGCCUGAAGCUCAGCCACAAGAUCCUGCCCCGCGGCGUGGCGCUGGGCAGGUACGACGGGACCCACCCGUGCCUGACAGCGGCCACGCACGCCGGCAAGGUUUUUAUUCACAAUCCUCAUGGACGUGACCAGCGCGUCAAUACAAACCGCUUGGUACUUAGUACCCAGGAUGCGGAUAUUUCUUUGCUGAACAUCAAUGAGGCUAUCAGCUGUUUGACUGCAGGGAUGCUGAACCCUGGUCUUGGCUGUGAUUCCCUCCUGGUUGGCACACGGACCAGUUUGUUGGCAUAUGACGUACACAACAAUGCUGACUUGUUUUAUACGGGGGUUCCUGAUGGAGCAAACUCCGUAGUCCUAGGAACACUGGGAGACAUUUCCUCCCCCCUUGCAAUUAUUGGCGGAAACUGUUCCCUGCAGGGCUUUAAUUAUGAAGGAAAAGACCUGUUCUGGACGGUCACUGGCGACAAUGUUCGUGCUCUAGCCCUCUGUGACUUCGAUGGUGAUGGGAAAAAAGAGCUUCUCGUCGGGUCCGAGGAUUUUGAUAUUAGGGUUUUUAAAGAAGAUGAGAUUGUGGCAGAAAUGUCUGAGACUGAGACCAUCACUGCACUGACUCCAAUGAGGACCACUCACUUUGGCUAUGCCCUUGCUAACGGCACAGUGGGCAUUUAUAACCAGGCGGCGCGCUACUGGAGAAUCAAAUCUAAAAAUCAGGCGAUGAGCAUCCAUGCCUUUGAUAUCAACUCUGACGGCGUCUGUGAGCUCAUAACUGGCUGGUCCAGCGGGAAGAUCGAUGCACGCAGCGAUCGAACUGGAGAAGUGAUUUUCAAGGACAACUUUGCUUCUUCGGUGGCGGGAAUUGUGCAGGGAGAUUACAGAAUGGAUGGAAAUACACAGUUAAUCUGCUGCUCGGUGGAUGGUGAAGUGCGAGGAUACCUGCCGGGCAGCCAAGAGAUGAAGGGAAAGCUGAUGGACACAAGUGUGGAGCAAGAUCUGAUUCGAGAGCUUAGUCAGAAGAAACAAAACUUGCUACUUGAAUUACGCAACUAUGAAGAAAAUUCAAAGCAGGUGGAGUUGAACACUCAGGUGAAUGAGAUGGAUGGGCAGAGGGGUGUGAUCCCAGCGAACACGCAGCUCCAGACGACAAUGUCGGUCAGCCUGGGGUCGGAAACUGAAUCUGCUCACGUGGAACUGUGCAUUUCCACAUCCAAUGAUACCAUUAUCCGGGCGGUGCUGAUCUUUGCUGAGGGCAUCUUUGAAGGCGAGAGUCACGUGAUCCAUCCCAGUCCUCAGCAUCUCUCAAGCAACGUCAAAGUCCCACUCUCUCCCCCGAAAGACGUUCCAGUUGAGCUGAACAUCAAAGCGUUUGUGGGAUACAAGAAUAGCACGCAGUUCCAUGUUUUUGAGCUGUCGCGGCAACUCCCUCGCUUCUCCAUGUAUUCAGUGUGCAGCCCAGACUCUGUGGCCAGGCCUCUGAGCUUUGUGAAGUUCACUCUUGGCGAGAGGGUGCAGAUGGUCAUCAUGUGGCUAAAACAAAGCUUCCUGUUACCAGAGGAUGUGGAGAUACAGAAUGAGUCCUUUGAAGUCUGCUUUACCUCCCUGCGUGACACAGGGCAGCUGCGCAUCCAAAUGCAUUCCGGUGGAGAGAUCUCCAUUAACACUGAUAACAUUGACCUGGCUGGUGACAUCAUCCAGUCAAUGGCCUCAUUUUGGGCAAUUGAAGACUUGCAGGUUGAAGCAGAUUUCCCUGUGUAUUUUGAGGAGGUGCGCCAGGCCUUGGCUGUGGUGGACAGUUCUCAUGCGGUUUGUCAGAAGCUCACAGCCACCCUGGCUGACAGCUCCGGUCUCAUCCGCAGCAUGUUGGUUCAAGCAGAAGAUUCACGCCUCAUGGGAGACUGGAGAAAUAUGAAGAAGCGGUAUAUGGAAUUGUAUGACCUCAACAGGGAUUUGUUGUCUCAGUACAAGAUUCGCUGUACCAAUCACACCAAGCUCUUAAAUAACCUCAAAGCAAUAAAUCAGGCCAUCCAACGAGCAGGAAAUCUCCGAGUUGGGAAACCCAAGAUGCAAGUGAUUGCUGCCUGCCGGGAUGCUAUUAAGAACAACAGCAUUAAUGUGCUUAUCAAAAUAAUGCGUCUGGGGACAACUUCCUCUUGAUCGGUGAAGCUUGGAGGUGAUCCAAGUGCCAGCCCAGGGAGACAAUCAGGAAGAUCUAGCAGCAGAUAGACAGUAGAUUAUGCUGUCAGACGAGUGCCCGGUGGAGUUCAGUAUGGAGACUUUACUAGGACUGAACAGUCUAGUGCCUGGGGUAGAAGAGAGGAGGCCAGUAUGCUUGCUCUAUAUGAAUAUCAUGCUAGCUGAGAGAUGCCUAAGCUUUUAUGGACAUAAGCUGGGAAUUUCAGAAGCUGAAACCACCCUGGAGGGUGUUUCUUAAAAUAGCAAUUUUUGAUUCUUCAAUAAAACUGACAGACCUCAGUCCAUCUGUAUGGUUUAGUCCAUUCUAGAGGAGGAGAAAAUGUAAUCUAGCUUUGUAUGAAGCAAGACGCUGAAAGCUUAAGGUAAUACCGAACCUUUUUUACUAUUAUAAACUAAUGUGAGGUCUGGAGAUGAUUAAAAAUAAAGUUUAAAAAGUGUCAUCGCCCUUUUCAAAUUUAA